AUGGGAUUCUUAAUUAACGAUGAAAAACAAAAUGAAGUGAUUAAAACGAGUCCCGCAGAAGCAAAUCGUGAGGAGCCCACAAGUGACAUUCAUUUGGGUGAAUGUAACAACGGGAAGAAAAAUGGCGAGCAGUGCGCAGGUGGAAAUGGACUCGUUGCAUUGAGUGGUGGUGACACCCCAGAGAGGGAGGGACCCGCUGAGGGGAGCGAAGGCUACCUCUUGGCUAACCACAGCAGUGAGAAAGAAGAACGAUGUGAUGGCACCCCGAUUGACAUUUUAGCAACGGAAGAGGCGACUACUAACUGGGGUGGCAACGGGGGCAGCGAGCGGGAGGCGCUUGUGGGCCCGACCGAGGUGAGUGACCCUGCGGGAGGAGAGGGGGAGCACUCGGCAGCUCAAUCGACGGAUCUAACAGAACCGCGUGUCUCGCCGCCCACCCAGCAACCCCCAUGCGACAACGGAAGUGACGUUAACCAACCGAAGGGGCAGCCGGACAGUUUAGAGCCAACUGGUGAAGGAGAAAUGCAAAAUUUUAGAAGCGGGAACGGAGACCUAAUAGAUACCCAUGAUGGAGGUGUUAGCUCCGCCCACCAAGGCAGCCACAGUGGUGACGCAUGCACCAGUGUGCUCUCCUUACAUGGACCAAGUGAACAAGGAGAGUCCCGACCGAGUGACGACCCAAAUGUGUUAAUCAGUACCAUCGAGCAGCAGAAGAGUAGCUUCUCAUUUCAGUCAGUUUUAAAAAAUCCCAACGAACGUGCCGUUUUGACGCAGGAUGGGGGAGGAAGCGAAAGUAUCCCCACGACUAACGUGCAGGCGUCGAUUUGUACUGCAGAUGGGAGUGCAUCAUGUGGGGGGGAACCAGGAGUGACUGUGGGGUCACCCCCCCUGGAGAGUAAUCCGCUAGAGUGUAACGGGGCAAGUGGAAUGGCCGCCGAAGGGGUGGGGAAAGUGAACUGUGCAAAUGGGGAGGUCUCCAAUCAGGGGGAGGUACCAGUAGGUGUGGCGGCACCGACGGAUGGAGGAGUGACUAGCCACCCCAAUGGAGGAGUGACAGGCCACCCCAAUGGAGGAGUGACAGGCCACCCCAAUGGAGGAGUGACAGGCCACCCCAAUGGAGAAGCGACUGGCCACCCCAACGGAGGAGACCCCCCGCGGAGAAAGCACCCGCGCGCGGCUGAGCGGAAGACCCCCAGCUGUGCCAACUCGGAUGACGGAGAUGAGUCUAACCAAAUUAUAAAAAAAAAAAUAAAAAAAAGAAUUGACGAAAACGAUCACCUUUUUCAUGCCAUCAAUCAGUUCAUGAAAGAGGGACUGAAGAACGAGUGCAUCCCCUUGUUCGAGCGGCUACAGCAGAAUUUGUUUUUUUUAGUAAUGCUCGCGAACAUCCCGAAUGAGAACUUUGACGAGCUGGAGAGCAGUUCUUCCGACUACUAG